GACUGAGCAUGCGCAGUGAGCCUCCCCAGCCGGUCGUCAGAGGAAGUUUGGAUCAACUCCGUACCUGUCGGGUCUGUGAGAGCAGCGGUCUGUACGGAUACAGGUGAGCACAGAGCAGCUCUAUCCACCUACAGAGACUUCCUUCAGAAAUGACCUCAACAUCAGAUCUGGAGCAGCUGGCAGAAAUAGAGCUCCAGAAGGAGGAGGAGGAGGAGGAUGAAGAGGAGGGUCAGAGGUGCGUCACAGACGGUCCAUCAGUUCCUCCCAUCAACAGAUCCAGUCCGGAUUCUUCUCACCCGUAUUAUGACGUGGCUCGACACGGCAUCAUCCAGGUCUCCGGUGACGACAAGUACGGCAGGAAGCUGAUCAUCUUCAGCAGCUGUUGUUUGCCUCCAUCACACCAGCUGAACCACCGUCGCCUGCUGGAGUACCUGAAGUUCACGUUGGACCAGUACGUGGAGAUGGACUACAUACUGGUUUACUUCCAUUACGGUCUGAGGAGCAGCAACAAGCCGUCUCUGAAAUGGUUACGAGAAGCUUACAGCGAGUUCGACAGGAAAUACAAGAAGAACAUGAAGACUCUGUACGUCGUUCAUCCGACAAACUUCAUCAGAAUCGUGUGGAACAUCUUCAAACCUCUGAUCAGUCACAAGUUUGGGAAGAAGCUGACGUACGUGAACUACCUGACGGAGCUCGGAGAACACCUGAACUACGAGCAGCUCAUCAUCCCUCCUGAUGUUCUCAGACACGAUGAAAAACUACGAGCGGCUCAGAAAGGAGGCCCCCCCUCAGUGAAGAGCCCCCACCCCGCCCCCCUGCCCACUCAGCAGUUUGGAGUCAGUCUGCAGUACAUCAGAGGGAAGAACAACGAGGCCAUGAUCCCACCUGUGAUGUCUCAGACUGUCACCUACCUGAAGGAGAAAGGUCUGAGGACUGUGGGGAUCUUCAGACGUUCGGCUCAAGUUAAGACCAUCAAGGACGUUCAGAGACUCUAUAACCUGGGUAAACCUGUAAACUUUGAUGAGUACAGAGACGUUCACGUUCCUGCUGUGAUCCUCAAGACGUUCCUCAGAGAGAUGACCGAACCACUGCUCACCUUCAGGCUCUACAGCCAGGUCCAGGACCUGCUCAGCGUAGAGAGCAGUCUGAGGGUCAGCAGAUGUAAACAGAUGGUUGAAAGUCUUCCUGAACAUCACUUCAUCGUAGCAAAGUACCUGAUGAGUUUCCUCCACACGGUGUCUCAGCAGAGCAUCGUGAACAAGAUGAGCUCGUCUAAUCUGGCCUGUGUGUUCGGGGUGAACCUGCUCUGGCCUCGAGACGGAUCCAUCUCCCUGGACGCUCUGACGCCCAUCAACAUCUUCACCGAGAUCCUCAUCGAACACUUCACCACCGUGUUCGGCUCCCGCUGCCCAGCUGGACAGGUAACGCCCUGAUCCUCCAGAACCUGCAGAACCUCCAGACCAGGAAGUCUCAUUCCCACUAAACUAACAGAGCACCUUCCUGCUCCUCAGAGGAUGAACCUUCACACUGUACACACUGUUUUUGACUUUGACUUUUUGCUCCAAGCCUCCAUUAGUUGAGGCGUCAACUUUGCACUUCAUGUUAGCUUUUAUUCUGCAUUGAUUAGCCUUCGAUCAUGGGUUUAGUCACAGUGUUACUUGCAGCUGAUUGGAUUAUUGUUUCAUGUGUUUUCUGUGUAAAGAUGAAUAUUUUUAAUACA